UUGCUUACGGACCGGUCUGCUGCUAAUAAUCCCCAACGGAGAAGGUAGGGGUUGUUCAUCAGUUCAUCGCGUCGCCGAGCAGGACCUCCUGAAUCCCCCUCCUCGUCCUCCUCGGCCUUCCCAGCUGCUCCGAUGGCGGGCUCCGAGGCUGAGCAGAAAGUCGUGGUGCACGUCCGCUCGGCCGGCAACGCGCCGAUACUGAAGCAAGACAAGUUCAAGAUUUCAGGACGAGAUAAAUUCUUGAGGGUUAUUGAAUUUCUUCGUCGACAACUUCAUCAGGAUACACUGUUUGUCUAUGUCAACAGUUCGUUUUCUCCAAGCCCAGAUGAGCUGAUAAUUGACUUGUAUAAUAAUUUUGCAAUAGACGGGAAGCUUGUGGUAAACUAUGCUUUAUCGGCAGCGUGGGGUUAAAAGUUUGGAUUAGCAGGAAGAACCGAAGAAUCGAAUGGAUUGAAAAGGUCGUUUGAAAUUUGACCGUUUUACUGUGUAUAGCUGGAGUUGUAGUUGGUCAGUCAAAGAGGCACUAGCUCUCACAUAUGUUGAUGAUGAAAGUAAAGGUUCUUGCGAGACUGCCUUUUCUGGCAUUGAACUCUCCAAGUGCUCGUACGAAAGAAUCGUCAAAUGUUUAUAAUUUGUUUACUAAGGAGUAGGUUAGUUCUGAAAAAAUGUUUAGGAAAAAUCUGACGGUUGUGGUGUACUAACCAAAAGAAGGUCUAUCAAGUAUACCGUUUUGAUC